CAUGUUUAUUAUUCAGUUUAUCACACCGGCGAAUGCAUUGAAGUUGGUGUGAUUAAAAUUAACCUAACAAAAAAUGAUGCAAUAAAUUCCAAAACAUGUUAAAUGUUUAAAAAUGAUCAUUCAUCAUUAUUUAAUGAACAAAUAGCAUUCACAAAAAAGUUAAAAAAAAUUUGAUAAAUUCGAUUCAAGAAUAAGUUUUAGUAAAGUAAUUCAUCUUAGCCAAUCCCAAACAAACUUUAUAUAAAAAAUGGAAGUAGAAGAGGAGACAGAAUUUACGCCCCGGGCAUAUCAAGAUGAAUUAUUGAAUAUUGCCAUUCGAAAUAACACAAUUUUAUAUCUACCAACGGGAUCGGGUAAAACAUAUAUUGCUGUGAUGUUAAUUAAGGAAUUGGCGGCUCAAGUUACUCCUGCUUAUGAAAAUGGUGCUAAACGAACUAUAUUUUUGGUAAACACAGUAAAUUUAGUUGAACAACAAGCAAAUUAUAUAGAAAAAUUUACAAAUUUAACUGUUGGUCGCUAUUCUGGUGAAAGUCGAUGUGAUUUUUGGGAAAAAACAGAAUGGGAAUUAGAAAUAAGUCAACAUCAAGUGUUAGUUAUGACUGCACAAAUUUUAGUCAACAUUACUCAACACGGCUAUUUUGAUUUAGAGCGUUGUAAUUUAUUAAUUUUUGAUGAAUGCCACCAUGCGGUCGAUGAUCAUCCAAUGAGAAUGGUCAUGCAAAAUUUUGAAAAUAUAGAUAAAGCAAAUGCACCUAGAGUUCUUGGUCUGACAGCAACUUUACUGAAUCGUAAUGUUAAACCAGUAUCAGUUAUCGAAGAAGUAAAAUUAUUGGAGCAAACGUAUCAAUCAAGGGUUGCAACUGUACAAUCACUUGACGCUGUGUACGGGCACUCCACGAAUCCACAAGAAAUAUCAAUAAAAUAUACUGAAUAUGAACGAUCAGAAACUGCAGUUAUAGUAGCUCGCAUGAUUGAAAAUUUACAAAAUAACGUAUUUAAUAUAAGAUUUAUAAAACGUACGGACCACCCAAAAAAGGAAUCGUGUGUUUUGAUUGAAGCACCAAAUGCUGUUUCGAAAAUAAAGAACGCAUUACAAGAUAUUAUUGAUCAUAUUGAUAAAUGCGGUUUAUAUGGGUGCUCAAAAGCAAUACUUUCACAUAUUGUACAAUUUGAACGAUUUCGGAAACAUGCACAAGAUGAGGAUAUACAUCGAACUAUGCAAAUUAUUAUAACUGGCUUAACCGUUACCUUGAAACUUAUUGAAGAUCAUAUGGCGAGUGAAAAAGAUUUAUUGAAGAAAAUUUUAAAAUUUUCAAGUAAUGAAGUUGUCAAAUUAAUUGAUGUACUUUUUGAUUAUCAAGCGAAAGUUAUGGAAGGAACAGCAAAACCAUUAUGCUGUAUAAUUUUUGUGACAAAACGAUUUACAGCAAAAGUUUUGUACCAUAUUUUUAAAAAUUUAAGGAAAUGUGAUCCAAGAUUUGAAUUUAUAAAUCCAGAAUUUAUGGUCGGUUUUAAUAGUAACCCAUUCAAUGACACGCGAGAGCUUGUAUUUGAACGUAAACAAAAUUUACAAGUACUUGAUCAUUUCAAACAGAAACAAGUAAAUGUUUUAUUUUCAACGAAUGUUAUCGAAGAGGGUAUCGAUGUACCAGAAUGCACUUUAGUAAUUAUGUUUGAUAUACCACUAAAUUAUCGAUCGUAUAUCCAAUCAAAAGGACGUGCUCGACAUAAAGAUAGUCAAUAUGUCUUGAUGUAUUCUCAUGAAGUAGCCGCUAAAUUUUUACCAAAAUUAAAACGAUAUCGAGAUGUUGAAAGAAUAUUACAAGAUAUGGUGAUACAAACAGAACGUUCAGGACCAACAGAAGAAGAAAUAGAAAAGAAUUUAUAUUGUCAUGAUAUUGAACCAUUUAUUAUUGAAAGUACAGGAGCUAGAGUGUCAAUGACGUCGUCUGUUGCUUUGGUGAAUCGUUAUUGUUUAUCCUUGCCACAAGAUAUGUUUACAACAUUGACUCCAUUGUGGUAUAGAUGUUUAAUCAACAAAAAAACUUUCCUAGAAGCACAAACAUAUAAAGUGGUCUUAGAAAUGCCAAUUGUUUCUAAACUUCGUGAGGAAAUUCAUAGUCCUUACAUGAAAAAUCUUAAAGACGCUAAAAGGGGUGCAGCAUUAUUUGCGGUACGCAAAUUGUAUGAAAUUGGAGAGUUAAAUGACAAUUUAUUACCAAUCAGUAAAGAGAAAGUCUUAGAAAAUGUGAACUAUUUGUUUAGCCAUUGGUCAGAAGAUGAUAACAAUGUAUUAAAAUGUUCAACAAAAAUUAAAACUGGCUCAAAAAGUAUGAAACGUAGAUAUUUGAAAAAGUGUCCAAGCGCAUUAACACAGUGCUGUCCAAAAUUAACAGAUGAUGAUGAGAUCGUUUACUUACACAUCAUCGAAUUUACACCAAAAUAUUCAAAACCAUCGGAAAUAAAUGCAUGCCAUACAAUGUUCUACGAACUAAUCAAUUCAAAAAAUACUUUUGGUAUAUUAACAACAAAACCAUUACCAGAAAUAUGUGAUUUUCCGUUAUAUUUAUCAAGUGGUGAAUUACAAAUACAUUUACGUAUAAAUCAAAAAAUUAAAAUAAAAUCAAUGGAGGAUCUAAAUGCUUUGAAACAAUUUCAUGCAUUCAUUUUUGGUUUAGUUUUAAAAUUGGUGAAACCUUUCUUAAUAUUUGAUAAUUUUAAUGGUGAUAAUUCGUAUAUUGUUGUACCUGUCAAUUAUGUAAAUAAUGAGUAUGGAAUCGAUUAUUACGCAGCAAAUACAUAUAAAACAGUUGAAGAUAUCGAAGAACCAACCAUACAAGAAAAACGUAAUAUCUCUGUUACAAAUUCGAAUUAUUUAUGUAGCGUUGUUUAUCCAUGGUAUAGAAAUAGAGAUACCGGGUAUAUCGUUUGCGAAGUUACUCAUAGUAUGAAUGCUUUAAGUAAUUUUCCUUCGGAUACUUUUGAAACAUUUUGUGAAUAUUAUAAAUGCAAAUGGAAUCUUGCUAUUGAAAACCCCACACAACCUUUAUUGUUAGUGAAAGCAAUGUCGAAUCGCUUAAAUUGUUUAAAACCCAGAGGUGAAUCGAAAAAUAGUUUCAAACGAAAAACACAAGACAGUGAAGAUUUUGAAGAGCAUUUUAUUCCUGAAUUGUGUAUAAAAAUGUCCUUACCACCAUUGUUUUGGUUGAAAGGCAAAUGUAUUCCGUCAAUUUUACAUCGUAUACAUUUCUUAUUAUUAGCUGAUGAAUUGAGGAGAAAAAUAUCAGAUGAGGCAAAUAUUGGAAAAUCGGAACCUAUUCGAACAUGGGCACCGUUAAAAAUAGAUAAUUGCUUAUUAAACUCGAAAGGAAAUGAAAGUCAAAAGGAUGAAAUUGAUAAUUUUGUUGGUGGCAGACACUCGCCAGAUGGUGAAAGAUUAGAUAUGAAAAAGCUUGAAUUUCAGUUAGAAUUAACUGAUCGAGUUAAAUAUCCAUGGAAAGAAGAACAGGAACCUGUCGAUCUCGAACGUAACUUGGAAACAGUAACCGUUUUCGAAAUUGAAUAUUUUGAUACAUUCGUAUCUCGAAAAUUAACUGGCGAUAUGUCGUCAUACGAUUAUUAUAAAACAACCAUGUCACCAGAAUCCCAACAAAAGUUAGCAAUAACUUUCGAAGAACCAAUUAAAGAUAGUCAUAUAAAAUUAUUAUAUCGAAAACCAUCUGAUCCUGGUCCAGAAUUUUGGCAAGUUUAUCAAGCUAUUGCAACUGUCACAGCCAAUGAUGUUUUGAAUUUGGAACGGUACGAAACACUUGGUGAUUCAUUUUUAAAAUUUGGUUCAUCGUUAUAUUUAUACUUGAAAUUUAAUGAAUGGAAUGAAGGAAAUUUAACGAGCGUUAAAGGACAAAUUGUAGGUAAUAAAAAUUUAUUCUAUUGUGGCCAAUUAAAAGAAUUGGGUAGUAUUAUGAAAGUGAAUGAUUUUGAACCGAAUGCCGAUUGGUUUCCACCAAAAUUUUGUAUCCCACACAUACCACAGCAUAUUUUAGAAAAAUCUGAUUUAUCUGCAAGUGUUUUUUAUAAUUUUGAUAUCCCAAUCGAUGAACAGUUAUCUGGAUAUUUAAGUGAAGAAACGCAAAAUAAUAUUAAUCAAGUCUUGUUAAAUUCGAUUAAUGAAAAAUUAAAAUUGAGUACAUCGAUGGAAGAUUAUCUUUGCCAUCAAAUUGUUAACGAUAAAACAAUUGCUGAUGGUGUUGAAGCAUUGAUCGGAUGCUAUUUAUGUUCAAACGGUGUUGAUGGGGCAUUUUCAAUGUUAGAAUGGUUUAAGAUAUUACCAGCAAAUGAAAAUAUUUCACAAUUAAUGUAUCAAAGUUUAACAUCACCGCUUAUUAAAGCGGCUACUCAACAAGAAAUUGAAUUCUUUAUCCCUAAUUGGCAAUUGUUGGAGAAAAAAAUUAAUUACCAUUUUACAAAUAAAGCAUAUUUAUUGCAAGCCUUAACACAUUCAUCGUAUACAUCGAAUAAAAUAACAAAUUGUUAUCAACGUUUGGAAUUUAUUGGUGAUGCAAUAUUAGAUUUUUUAAUAACAUCUUAUAUUUUUGAACAAUGUGGUGAACAUAUGACACCCGGUGAUAUAACUGAUUUACGCUCUGCGUUAGUGAAUAAUGUUGUGUUUGCAUCGUUAAGUGUUCGAAAUGAAUUCCAUAAAUAUAUUAAAUUCUUUAAUCCACGUUUAACUGAUGUAAUUUUAAAUUUUGUUCGACAUCAAGAACAGCGUAAUUUUGUUAUUAAUAAUGAGGUUCUAAUACUUUUAGAAGAAGGUGAUUAUCAUUUAGCAGAAUAUAUAGACGUUCCCAAAGUAUUGGGUGACGUAUUUGAAGCAAUUAUUGGAGCUAUAUUCCUAGAUAGUGGAAUGAAUUUGGAGAUAACUUGGAAUACAAUUUAUACAUUAAUGAAAAAAGAAAUAACCGAAUUCAGUAGGAAUAUUCCGAAAAAUCCCGUUCGUUUGCUGUAUGAAACAGUGCAUGCUAAUCCAAAAUAUCUUGAAGAAAAAACAACUCCUAAUGGAUCAAUUAUGUCAAGAUUAUCAUUUUACAUAGACGGAAACAAGAAAAUUGUUUAUGGAUUUGGUGAGAACAAAAAACAAGCAAAGAGAGCAGCAGCUAAAAUUGCUUUAAGAGCUAUUAACGCUAGUCGAAAAAUUGACGACACGUACUAAAAUAGUUUUUAUGAGAUAGUUAAUAGAAACAGACACAAUUA